CCACGGAGCUAGUUUCCCAGAUAGAGAUGGCGACUUAGCGAGCCAGCGCAACACAGGCGAGCGGAUUCUAGCCGAAGAUCGCCGUUGUUGCGGCGGCGACCGGAGACCAUGGGAAUCAGCACCUACUUUCGCCGGAGCAAAUGGACGGCGAUGGCGGCGAGUGUGUGGAUCCAGUGCACGAGCGGCUCCUCCUAUUGCUUCGGCAUCUAUUCUCCUCUCCUGAAAUUCUCGCAGAACUACGAUCAGUCCACCCUCAACUCGGUCGCCUUCUUCAAGGACAUAGGCGCCAACAUUGGCGUCCUCUCCGGACUCUUCUACUCUUCCUUCGUCGGUGGAGAAGGCCCAAUGGUUGUUCUCGCUGCUGGCGCCAUUCAAUGCUUUGCCGGAUACUUCCUGAUGUGGCUUUCUGUGACUGGCGCGCUACCUCGUCCCCCAUCUGGCCUCAUGGGCUUCUACUUGUUUCUCGCCGCCCAUUCGCAGACUUUCUUUAAUACUGCUGAUGUGGUUACUGCUGUUGAAAACUUUCCUGAUAGUCGAGGCACCGUGGUCGGCAUCAUGAAGGGUUUUCUGGGUCUCAGUGGGGCUAUACUCAUUCAAAUAUACCGAACAUUAUUUAAUGGCAACCCAAGCUCAUUUCUCCUGAUGCUUUCUCUGUUACCCACGCUCCUUCCAUUUCUGCUGAUGUUUUUUGUUCAAAUACACCAUACAAAUGGGGGAGAUAAUCUCAGAUAUCUUAAUGUUUUUUCAUUCAUUUCUAUAGCAGUUGCUACAUAUCUUAUGAUUGUCAUAAUAGGAGAGCAUUUCAUCACAUUACAACUAUCAAUCCGCAUCUUAAUAUUCUUACUGCUGCUGCUACUUCUCAUAUCUCCAUUAUUCGUAGUAUUCAAAGCUCAAUUAACAGAAUCCAGAAGCAGAUCAGCUUAUCAUGAUGAAAUCAGAUUGAUAGAAGAUAUAAAUCCACCAGAAAAUGAGGAACAGAAGAGCAACCGAGAUCAAGGAUUUCUUCCAAGAGUUGAAAACAUGAAUCUAUUUCAAGCAAUGAGAACAUCUGAAUUCUGGCUGCUUUUUCUAGUCAUGGCCUGUGCAAUGGGUUCUGGUCUGGCAACUGUGAACAACAUCAGUCAAAUAGGAAGUUCUCUUGGCUACACAAGCACGGAAACAAGCACUUUGGUUUCUCUAUGGAGCAUAUGGAAUUUUCUCGGUCGAUUCGGCGCCGGCUAUAUCUCGGAUUACUUUCUUCACGAGAAGGGCUGUGCGAGGCCGUUUUUCAUCGCCUUAACCCUCGCUCUUAUGACCAUUGGUCAUGUCAUCAUCUCCUCUGGUUUUCCAGGCUCAUUGCAUUUGGGUUCAAUACUCAUAGGAGUCUGCUAUGGUUCUCAGUGGUCACUGAUGCCCACAAUCACUUCAGAAUUGUUUGGUAUAAGGCAUUUUGGAACUAUUUUUAACACAGUAGCCAUUGCAAGUCCAGUUGGGUCUUACUUCCUUUCUGUAAGGGUGGUUGGGUACAUAUAUGAUAUAGAAACAUCAUCUGGAAUGGAAGUCUGCAAAGGUACACACUGUUUUAUGCUAUCUUUUCUUAUAAUGGCGUCCGUUACAACGAUCGGAUUCGCCGUUUCGACGGCGUUAUUCCUUAGGACAAGAGUGUUUUACAAACGGUUCAUAUUGAUGAGAGCUUUAUCCUGAGCUAUGAAAUGUGUUCCUCUUACAUGGUUUUAUGUUUUAAGGUAUUUGGUGUAAAUGAAUAGUCAUUUUCCUCACAUAAGCAGGGAUGAAAUUUCUUGUUCCAGUUGCUAGUUACUGAUUUUUCUGUAGGGUUUUAUUAUCCAGAUGUUUUUGAGGAUUCUGAUUGCCAUAGACUGUGUUCUUAGUUGGUCAAUGUCACAUACAUAUAUAUUAUCUGUUGUAAAUAUGAGCUUGGCUUAUUAUUUUCUCCUUC